UUUGAUGAUGGCGGCACCCACGAACAGACUGGAUAGCCCGCAUUGCUGCCAAGAAAUAUGCCUUAAAGUGAAUGAUCAGUUUUAUUGCGAAAUUGAUGAUGAUAACCUUUCACUCGAAUCAGUCCUGAGAAAGUACGAAAUCGCUACCACCACGAAAUUCGUGCACUAUUGGACGAGCGGCGAUUAUGGAAAGUCAGCUGAAGAAAUCCUGAAUAAGGCAAAGAGCGGGUGCAGCUCCAAACGAAUACUUUGGAAAAAAGCCGAUGGAACCACCUCAAACACUCCCCAAAUACAUGUUGGGGCAUGUACCCUGGAAUGCCAUCAAGGAGAGGAUAGGUAUUUGAAAAUUAAGGCCAGGCGUCUGGAGAAGAAGGAACAAGAAAAGGACAAUGAACAUGGAUACAGCAGCAAAAAUACCAGGAGGUUUCUAAAGCAACCAAGCAAAAAACAAAAUUGCCCUGCACAGAUAAACAUAAAGCAGGUCCUGUUGUUCCCAGAAUUCCAGGUUGAUGAUGCUAAAUCUGAGUUUAAGCGAAAGAAAAAAAGCAAAGAAUUGAAGGAAGCUCUGGGGUCUGACUCUCGCCUGAAGGUCAAGGUGCAGUUCCAUGUAACCCUCCCAGAUCCUGUCAGUGGGCAUGAAGGUCAUCCUGUUGGAAAUGAUGCUGUGGCCUGUUUAAGAAAAACAUUUGACAAACAAGUUGGGGAAAAAAUACGGCAACUUAAAGCUGGUGUUUCCAAGGUUCCUGAUUUACAGCGCCACCUGAGUCUCUCUGCUGAUACAGUUGCAAAGGAUGAGAAGUUGGAUGUCAACAUUUUGGAUCAGCGAUUCUUCCCAACAGAGGCUGACCUCAAGAAUCGUCUCUACCAUGCAGUUUUGUCAAUAAAGAAAUCCUUGGUUGACCAAGAGAAUAUAGAAAAAACUUUUGAAAAUUGGCAAAAGGCAAACCCAGAAGACAAGAUCUUUUUGCGGUACAAUAAAGCUGAUGACAAUCUCCUAUUUGUUUACCAAACAUCAUUUCAGCGGCAUUUGUUUAAUAAGUUUGGAGGGGAGUUGGCCCUUCUUGAUGCCACGCACUGCACUACCAAAUACUCGUUGCCUUUAUAUAUUUUGGCCGUCAAAACAAUGACUACCAGCCUGUGGCAGUGUUUGCGACUAUAA